CGCAUGGCAACAAAACUUGUUUUCGCGAGAAAACUUGUGAUAGCAUCGUGAAUCUUAUUUUGAUUACAAAAUUGGCAUGAAACUCGAUAAUAAGCCGAAAAAUAGUGUAUAUUUAGUGCGAAGUUAUAGUGUUUAAUGUGGCGUAUUAAAUAUCCGCCUUCCAAGUGGAGCUGCUAAAGAAAUUGCUUGCCAUGGCGGGCCCGUCCGACGGCGAUCCCGACGGAUGGGUCGAGUUCUGCGAGCGUCAGGCCAAAGCCGCCGCUCAGGACUUCGCCAAGGCUUGCUUGCAGUACGUACAAACCGGUGCCGGCGACCCUGCAACGCGGCCGCAAGCUCCGCAUAAGGAGCUGUUGAAGAAAUUCGUGGAAUGUUUCUCGGAACAGUUCGAGUAUGAAAUUGGGAAGUUGAAAUCUUUGCAUAAGCUCCCCAACGGCACACACACGGGACACGACGAGAGUGACUAUUCGGAGGACACAGACUCGCCAAAAACGCAACACAAACCGUUUUUCCGAAGGUUAUCUUUCAAAGGUCUGAGACGCGGAAAGGGGUUGUUCCACAAGCAACACUCGGACGAGGUGGAGCUCUCAUCACAUCUGAACAAACACAACAAGACUAAAUUAGCUAAGAUAGUUGUAGAAUGUAGGAAGGAAGGGCUAGUAAAUUAUUUAACUCCUGAGAGUCUGGAACAGCCCGGUGGCCCACAGAAGUGGGAGAGAUGCAGGCUAGCUUUGGUGAAGACGGUAGGGGGUUACAUGCUAGAGUUCUACUCUCCUCCAAAAGCACAGAAGCCUCGCAGUGGAGUAUUUUGUUUCCUUAUAUCGGAAGCUCGGGAAACCACUGCGCUGGAGAUGCCUGAUCAUGAAAAUACUUUUGUAUUGAAGGCAGACAAUAACAUGGAAUAUGUAAUAGAAGCAGCUGAUGUAGAUGAUAUGAAAUCGUGGUUGGCAACUAUCAAAUACUGUAUGAGGGCGCCGCCGACCACGCAGCCUCCGCCAGACGCGCUGCCAGGCAUGCCAGAACCGGCACCCCCGGACCUGCCACCAAGAAGAGACCUGCCAACCAGCACCAGCAACAUUGACUUAGCUACUGACACUCCUGAAGAAGCUGAAUUAGGUUCGAUAGCAGAGGAAGCUUGUGAGUCAUCGUCCCGCAUCUCGCUGGCGGAGUGGCCGUGGUUCCACGGCACGUUGGCCCGCGCGGCCGCCGCGGCCUGCGUGCUGGCGGGCGGCGCCAGUGGACACGGCUGCUACCUCGUGCGGCAGAGCGAGACGCGGCGCGGGGAGUAUGUGCUCACGUUCAACUUCCAGGGUCGCGCAAAACACCUCCGUAUGACCCUGAGCGAGACGGGCCAGUGUCGCGUGCAGCACCUGUGGUUCCCGAACGUGCACGACAUGCUGGAGCACUUCCGCGCGCACCCCAUCCCGCUGGAGUCGGGCGGCGCGGCCGACGUCACGCUCACCGAGUACGUCGUCUGCCAGGACGGGAACCGACAACAAUUGGACGUGACCCACGGCAGCGACGUACGCAUGCGGCGUGCGGAGCUGGAGGCGCUGCUGGUCGCAAGCGGAGCUCACCACGACAUCCGCGCCGUCGACAACCAGUACACCUUCGUGUAACCAGCGCCAUACUGUGGAGCGACCGGCGGACUGCUCCUAACCAUUAACAGAGCACUCUGCUGCAAGGAAAAUGGUACUGUACCUACAUUCGUUUAGAGCUCAUUGUUGUAUGUGUCUAACACUGACCGGGAAUCUUAUUAGGUUUGUUCUAAGCUGAUCUUUUGUAGACGGUAUGUAUGGUGAAGUGGUGAAUUGGGACUUUAUUGGUGACGUUUGGGAGAGAUUUUAAACUUAAAAUCAUGACGAUUUCUCUCCGAAUUGGUAGGCAGAAUAGCUGUUGAGAGGUCAGCUCUGAAUAAAUUAGUUCUCCCGUCUUACGUACGUUCGAUAUACAUUAAACCACUUUUGCAACCUUAAGAUCUUUGAAUAAGAUUCAAAAUUGGUCAAUUCGAAUGUGCUUAUAUCAUUUUACAGUUAAGUAGGUACAGAAGAGACUGAAGGAUUUAGAUUGAAGAUUUAUUAAAAGAGGAACAUUUCGGUUUGUGUGACAAGUGUUGUUGACCUAAUGUAAUAAGUUUUAGUUUACAUGUAUGUGUGGACUUCAAACCAUGUAAUGUCAUAAUCGUUGUUUACAUCAUUACAUGGUGCGAUACUUAACAACUUAUGUACUUAACAUAAUAUCGGUGUGUUUUGUCUAGAUUGACUGUCGCAAACAUAAAUAAUAACUUUUGUGGGUAAAAAGUCGUUAUUUAAUUAGUGUGUCGUCAACAAUGUUGUGUUAAUUUUCUUCGACAGUCCAUCUAGAUAAUUAUUAUCUAAGUACUACACAUGUAAACUAGGAAGGUAAAUCCUAAACUCAUAGAAACGUAUGUGUACUGUCUAACAUACUAAUUUCUACCUUAUAUGUAUGUAAUUAAGGUUUACUUAAGCACAAAGUGAAAUCGGGUAGCUAGAAUGUAUGAAAUGAAAUGCUGGAUGGGUUUUCUCCACAGUAUAUACAAAACAUAUUUAAUGUAAUUAUUAUUACUACUGAAUGUACCGCUGUAGCCAAUUAGUUUGAAUGUGACAUGAAAAGCUAGUCGAUCGUUUUCGACUGCAAAUGUAAUUUGUGUAACUUUGCAGCUUUUAGUAAAAUGUAGCUCAUUUUGUUAGGGGUAAGGUCGAAACUCCUUUGAUUCAGAUCGUAUAGGUUCGGUUCUUAUAUGUUCCUGGUGCUCACUAUAAUUGUAAAGGGAAUUUUCUAAUUCGACGAUUGAAUCAUUAUUUAGUGUUAUUAUAAAACCUAAAUAAUACCCUGCUAAGGUUUUCUUUCUAGGAAAAGCGAUAGAACUGUUUUAAGGGUUCCCAGAGUCUUAAAUGUACUGUACGCUGAAUAUAAGAACCGACCACCUUAUCACGGUCUGAAUAUUCUGCAAUUAUUUAUUUGUGCAAUAGGUUUAUUCUAUUUAUUCUAGUAUUCCUAGUGUUAAUUUAUUGGUAUUGAAUAAGGCUUAGCCAAAUCUAUGUUAUUGAAUGUACUUAAAUUAAUGUUUUAGAUUGUAAGUAAUGUUCUAUGUAUCUUACACUGCCAAAAUGCCCCGAUUCUUUAAAUUUUGUCAAAAUCAAACUCGCAAUGUUUAAAACGUGUCAAAAUUAUAACAAUUUGCUUUAAUUUUAAGUCGGUUAAAUAAGUCUCCACAUUAUCGACUAUAUAGAUUUGUAACGAUUUAAAUAAAUACAUCAUACCUAGACGCAAGUUACGCGUAAAAGCUUAACAAAUAAACUGAUUUGCACUACUUGAAGACUGUUGACUGACUCUGACAAUGAUUAUCUGAUUGUAUAAAUUAACGGUAACAUAGAAACAGAUAAUGUUUAUCCAUCUCGGUAUAAGAUUAAGCAGAUUUAGUAAAACCUAAGAGGCUUUAAUACUAAACCAAGAAUGUAUACAGGGGGUAGUCUGAUUGUAAUAGUUAUACAUGUAACUAGGUGGAAUAUUUGUUCUACCUUCACUUGUCAAGUGUAAUAUCUGUCAUUUAGUGUCUAUGUAGGUAGGUAGCUAGGUAUAUGAGGGAAACAUAUCGCUUUCCUACAUUAACAAAUACGAUACCGGUAAAAAAACCAGAUUUUACACACCAUGUGUUGCGAAAAGUCGAUAAAAAUAUUGGAUGAUGCCAACUUUUGAGAGCAAAAAGGACUUUACGCCUCACUAGCGCCAAUUGGCAAGCGCAAAGUUGAUUGGUGGAUAUAUACGUCAACAUUUAUAGAAACAAACCUAACUUUAUAAUGGGAUCUAUCUGACUGAAGACAUAAAACAAUUCACUUGAAAUAUCAAUCUUAAUCAUUCAACAUUAAGAUCUAGUUUAAAGUUGGCACUGUAAAUUUUACCGGUGUUAUUAAAAUAUAGGUACUACAUGUCUGUAUUAUAUAUUAAUCAACUAGGUUUAUUGUUGUAUUGAAUGUGUAUCAAGAACUAUUUAAGAUAACAAACAAUGCAAUCAAAGAAUUGCUUGAUGUACACAUUUGUAUGAAUGUUUUGCUGUUAAUCAACCUUUCAAUAGACAGCUUAACUUUUCUCUAAAUGAUGCUGUUUUAAUCGGUUGACCAUGGAGUCUAGUUUUUCAUUAUGAUCAAAAAUAGCCCGCGUGAAGUGGCUACGCUACUUUAGUCCUCGUUGGCCUUGAUGUUACAAAACUCCGUAGAAACUUCGUUGCAUUAAAGUAGGUGUAAUUUCCUGAUUCAGCUGAUCUGGGCAUUGUGAUACGGCGUAUGUACGUAAUACCUCCACCCUCAGAACAGCAACUACUCAAAGACUGACGUCUAGAAUAUGGUUGAUCGCUAUACCGUGGUUGGUCUUUUGACUUCCUCGAUUUCUCUAUCCAUUUCGCAGAUAGGAUGGAGAACAAGUGUUCCUGUCAGGCUAAAUUAUAUCAGUUGAAAUACAACUUUCUGAGGAGAAUAGCGAUAAAUUUUAGCUGACUAAUUGCUUGCAACUUCCAUGACGAACAUUUUUGCUUGCAGUGUAGAUAUUUGAUCCUUCUUCAAUGUAACGUAAGGUUAUUCCUUAGUAUGGCAUUACUUAGUACCUCAGUGCCGUGUCUGUUGAUUUUGCUUCAAUAAUUGUUUUUUUAUUUCAAUAUGAAGUUUAAACACCGAUCCGAGUGCGAAACGGGUCCGGCGGUGCGUCUCUGUGGCCAGGCUCAUGGGGAGGAGGUCACAAUGUCAGUACUGGGCAUCGGAGGUAUCGCCCAUUAUGAUGCCGAAGCGUGGGUGCGCGCGAUGGACUUCCACCCCGUGGGAGCGUUCUUGAAUGCUCUGCUGCCCAAACACGGGUACAUUGUGGGUGAUGUAGAGAUGCUACCGCGUAUUUACGCGAAUGCUUUGGGCCUCGCUCACAUGUACCGUUGCCACUUGCUUCUGGCUGCUAGCUGAUGGUUGAUGGCAAGAGAUGAUGUUUUGGGGUUGGGUAGUGCUGUGCUUACCUAUAAAAUCUUGCAGACAAAAUUUACUCUAUUAUUUUAUUGAAUACUUGAUUUUAGAUUAGAGACGUAACGGUUAGGCUGUCAAUUGAAAGGCAAAUCAUAUUAAAUUGUGGCAAAGAUAAACAAUACAAAAAUACGUAUUAUGUAUUAAAACUGAAGUGAACGAACGAUUUUGAUCAAUUAAAUUCAUAAUGAAGGAUUGUUAAAAAAUAACAUUGUAUGUAAAAUUAAUUGUUGUUGGAAUUGAUAACAAAAAGAUUAACUCAUUAACAAAAAUUAUAUUAUAAAAAAAUAUAUAACAUAUUUGUUGGUUUUUGAAAACUGUUCACGCUAAAUGAAAUUUAUCAUGGAAAUUAUGUACGUAUGUAAAUGUAAGUAGGCUUAAUUUGUAUGUGGAAGCCAAGCGAAGUCAAGUUAUGUACUCAUUAACCGUUCAGUCAGUGUAAACUUAACAAACAUUCCUGUAAGUUGUAUGUAAUUUUUGGAGAACGAAAUAUAGUCAUAUAUUUUGCAAAAA